AUGGAGUGUUCGAAUGUGAAACAACAUCAGUACGGUUCAUACACAGAGCCGAGGAUCUCAUUCUCUAGCGGUUUUGCGGCGACGAAGAACGAAAUGAUCAACUACAAGGAGGCACCUGCGUCGUCAGAUGAUUUUGAGUUCGGAGUCAAUAACUUCUCCAUGAUCACAGCAGAUGAGAUAUUCUUCGAAGGCAUGAUCGUACCCCUUAAGGAAGAAGUCAACACGACGAAAAGAAUGUCAACUCUGAGGGAAGAGCUCAGUGAAGAAGACGAGGAUUCGCCGAAAAGCAAGUCAAAAGGGUCGAGUGGCUGGUGGAGAGAGAGAUUAGGGCUAGGAUUCGAUAAUUUAGUCUUAAAGCUUCCUAAAAAGUCCUCAGCUGUAUUGAGAAUGGUCGUUCUCCUCUUUGUAAUGGUCUGCACUGUCUACAUUUGCUCCAUCUGUCUGAAGCAAAUAGGAGUUACCCCAAACUAUGGUUUCUUGAACGUUGAAGUCUUUGAGAGGCCUUGUCCUGAGCCUAACAUCCAACCUUGGGACAUUCCUUUUGUGCAUUACCCUAAACCAAAGACAUAUAACAGGGAUGAAUGUUCUUGCCAACCGGUUAGAUACUUUGCGAUUCUCUCGAUGCAGAGAUCUGGCAGUGGCUGGUUUGAGACUUUACUAAACAAUCAUACUAACAUAAGCUCCAACGGAGAGAUCUUUUCAGUGAAAGACAGGAGAGCUAAUGUCUCAACCAUUUUUGAGACACUUGACAAAGUCUACAAUCUAGACUGGUUGAGCAGUGCCUCUAAGAACGAGUGCACUUCCGCUGUUGGUUUCAAGUGGAUGCUUAAUCAGGGUCUAAUGAAACAUCAUGAAGAGAUAGUAGAAUACUUCAAAACCAGAGGCGUCUCUGCAAUCUUCCUCUUCAGAAGAAACCUAUUGCGUCGCAUGAUAUCGGUACUCGCAAACUCUUACGACAGAGAUGCUAAGCUGUUAAACGGGACUCACAAGUCUCACACCCAUUCACCAAAAGAGGCUGAGAUAUUAGCAGGUUACAAGCCAAUGAUCAACACAACGGUUUUGAUAACAGAGCUGAAGCAGAUUCAAGAUAUGACUUUGAAAGCGUUGGCUUGCUUUAAUACCACUCGCCAUAUGCUUCUCUACUACGAAGAUGUUGUCGAGAACCGCACGAGACUAGACGAUGUGCAGGCGUUUUUGAAGGUCCCAAAACGUGAGUUAAAGAGUCGGCAAGUGAAGAUUCAUCGAGGUUCGUUGUCACAACAUGUACAGAAUUGGGAAGAGAUCCAAAGCACGCUAAAAGGAACACUUUUCGAAAACUUCUUACGCCAAAAUUACCGCAGAUGA